AUGCGCUUUCUUGCACACGCCGUUGCACUCUUGGGCGCAGUUUCUCUGAUCUCCGCGGCACCCGUCAGCGAACGAACGCCCGACGUUGAUCAGAAUCUCCCCGAUGGACUGCCUUACCCAAGUCCCAGCGAAUUGACUCUGAUCGAACAGCAUGCUCAUGGAACACUUCCCAACACCUCUCCUCCUCCCGUCAUCAGUAACAAGGGCAUCACAAACCUCCAACUGAUCGCAUUCAACGAGCUCUUCGAAGUUGCUUUUUUCAACGAGCUCAUCACUAAUAUCACCGAGAAUGUCGAGGGAUAUCGCUUCUCCGACGCCGAUGACAGGAAUCUUGUUCUAGCAUCAUUGAAGGCCAUUCUCGCCCAAGAAGAACUUCAUGCGAUCCGCGCAAAUGGCGCUCUCUCCCACUUCCAUGUCAACCCCAUCGAACCAUGCCAAUACAACUUCCCCGUGAAGGACUUUGACUCGGCCCUCGCACUCGCAGGCAAGUUCACCGACAUCGUACUCGGCACUCUCCAAGACACCAUCGAGCGAUUCGCCUUGGGUCAUGACUACGAUCUUGCAAGGGAGAUCGCUUCAGUUGUGGCAAACGAAGGCGAGCAGCAAGGGUGGUUCCGCAUGCAGCAAGGAAAGAUCCCGAGCGAACUCCCAUUUUUAACCACCGGCGACCUCAACUUUGCCUUCACCGCGAUCCAGGGCUUCACCUACCCCGGAAGUUGUCCUAACAUCAACGAGAUCCCUCUGCGGACCUUCGAGGCGCUCGAGAUUGUCACAACUCCGACCGCUAAGAGCCAAAAUCUCACAUUCUCCUUCCAAGCCAACUCCAAUGAGACCGGGCAGUUGUGGAUGACUUAUAUCAACCAGCAAAAUUUGCCCAUUGUUCAAAAUCUUUCCUACGUGUCUCACAGUGGGAAUAUCAUUACCGCAGAAGCCCUGUUCCCCUACGAUGGCCAUGAGUUGAACGGUCUUACUAUUGCGGCUGUGACCAAGAAAGAAGGUCCUUUCACGGAUGCCAAUGAGGUUGCCAAGUGGACCUUGGCCGGACCGGGGUUGAUUGUUAUAAACUGA